AUGACAGGUUCUUCCGGUACACAACCGGCCGCUGGCUUUGGGAUGAGGAAAAGCAAACUACAGGAUCGAUUUACACCUUUCAAUGUGUUGGAACUCCAGUGUAUUGCGGCCGAAAGUAUUGGAGCGAACAAGUGUGUUGCCAUGACAAAGUUGGCGGAAGGCUCUUUUAACAAGAUCUUUCAUCUUAAGAUGGACAACGGGUCUACUGUCAUUGCGAGAAUACCUCACCCCAUCGCCGGUCCCAAGUACUAUACCACUGCAUCAGAGGUCGCGACGAUAGAUUUUGCCCGUACAGUACUCCGGAUACCUGCCCCACAGGUUCAUGCAUGGAGCGCAUGCGUCGAUAACCCUGUUGGUGCUGAAUACAUUAUCAUGGAGGAAGCUACAGGUACAAAGCUGGAGGAUGUAUGGGAUAAUCUUUCUCUAGAAGACAGAAUUGGUAUCAUGAAGGAUCUGGUAUUGGUUGAAAAUAAGCUUCUUUCGGUAUCGUUCAGCAGAUAUGGGAAUCUCUAUUACUCUGGCGAGGCAGUCCCCGGGACUGUGGUCGCUGAAGUUGUGAAUGAUACUUCACGAGAACUUAAAAUGGACGUGAAGACACGGUUUUCCAUUGGCCCUGUUGUAGUUAGGAAGAGAUUUUUGGACAAAAGAAUGUUCAACGAUCCGAAUCUCGUCGCAUCUUCGAUCUGGCAUACAGAUCUCCAUGCCGGCAACCUCUUCGUGGACAUCGGCCGUAUCACUAGCGUGAUUGACUGGCAGGAAGCUUGGGCUGGGCCUCUAGUUCUUCAAGGCCGCCAUCCACGCCUAGUUGAUUACCAAGGUGAUAUCAUUUUGGAGCCACCACCAAAUUUCAAGGAUCUUGAACUGAAUGAGAAGGCCCGGUUGAAAAGGCAGAUUGCUAGUUCCAUAAUUCUUUAUCUUUAUGAACAGCAAACAGCAAAGCUCAACCCUCACCUCAACAGAGUCCUCCGUUUAAAACUCGGGCGAGACGAGCUCCAGAGACACACAGAGGAUGGCGAAGGAUGGAAUGAAGUGCAAGACUUUUGGAGAGCUGUAGCGGGAAUUGUCGCGCGUGAUGGAUGGACUCCACACAGCAUGUAUGAUGAGGCUGUAGCUCUUUUUUUUCAGAACUCAGGGAAUUCGGAUUAA